AAAUGCUAGGAUUUAUAUGCCUCAAAAUCAUCCAGGAAAUUGAAUGUACUGUGUGUGACGUCAUCUAGGAGCGCCACUGGGUUUUCGUCUGCUGGCCUCCGAUAUGGGCUCGACUAAUCAGCAUUGAUUUCAUCCACAUUUCCUUAUCAUAUUAACUGUUCCGAAAGCGUAAGGCAGUUGAGGAAUAUCCACAAUGAUAUUUGGAGGUGAGACGGUGGACGAGGUCAGCUUCAGGUUCUCAGAGCUGGUUCCUGUGGUGCUGAUUGCCUGGCUGACAGGCUCCACUCCCCGUGCUGCACAAUAAAGAGCCUUUCAAGCCCAGACAAGACUACAGGGCACCGCCAUGAAGCCAGGUCACGAGCGCAAUCAGGAGUGCCUGCCUCCCAAGAAGAGGGAUCUCAACAACAGCACCAGUAGUAGUAGUGCGGGAGGAGGGGCAGGAAGUGGGGUGGGGGGGGAAGUGGCCACUCAGAGCUCAGGGGUCAGUAGUGACACUCAGGGAGGAGGCACAGCAGAAGAGUGGCUGCGUGCCCAGCCUGGUCUACACUAUGGAGUAGAGAGUGCUGAGGGCCUCCAAGGGCUGCCCGUUGACCAGUACAGCAUGCUCUAUAGGGUGGCUCUCCCCUCUGUCUCCUACUCCCAGACCAGUCUACACCCAGUGUUAAGCCAUAUCUCUCCAGCUUACACUGUCCCCUCAUCUCUCCUACAGCAUCAUCCAGGGAUCUCCUAUCCCCCUCUAGGCUAUGCCCAGAUCCCCCACUCCUCUUUCCAGUUUGUCUCCCCAUACGGUGCAGUCCCUUAUGCAGUCCCCCCUGGCUUUGUCCCCAGCUCCCUGAUCUCUCCCUCGGGCACCCUCUCCCAGCCCCACCUGGUCCCCUACCAGUCAGUCAUCCAGGAGGGGGUGGUCUCCCCUCCUACCCAGACCCAUGUAUCUGCCCAUGCCUUUGCCAAAGUGGGGUCGUCCGGAGGUGUCCCGCUAAUGCUGACCUCGGAGCAGGCUGCCCAGCACCAGCAGCACCUGGGUGCGCUGCCUGCCGCAGAGCUCAGUCCUCGGGGAGUGCCAGUCUUUUACCACUCUCGGGGAACCAGGGCUGCACCUGCCCCCUGGGACCCCUACAGCGGGGAGCAGGAGACAGACGGGCAUAGGGAGGUGAAUGGAGGGGAGAGGGAGCAGGCAGCCAGGGAGAUGCUCCAGGACUCAGUCUACAAUGCCAGGAAUGCACGGCUGCUGCAGGCAGCAUCUGCCUCUGCAGCACUGGAGCAUGCACAGGACAGAAGCCUGAAGAGCCGCAGGCUGGACGAGAGGGCAUCGCCUGGGCAGCGCAGCACCCCAGACACUGACCUGGAGGUUCAGCAGGUCGUUGGUCGCCUAGCCUCUCCUGUCCAAGGUGUGAGUGGAGGCCGCAAAGAGGUGUCCUUUGGUCCCCUGAACCUAUCCCAGGGCUCUCAGAGAGGCAGAGAGGCUCAUGGGGAGGCAGGGGAGAGUGCUGGCCGGACAGGGUACACGAUCCACCCUGCGGUGUAUGGAGACCCCCGAGUGAUGGCUCAUCAACAGCAGGCAGGGCAGCCAGGCCACGCUGUCAUCUUGGCCAAUGGACAGACAGUCCUGGUGCCCUUAGAUUAUCACCACCUCCCCCACCAACAUCAACAACCACCCCAGCACUACCCCAGCCAAACCAAUGAUGACACCUCUGCUGUCACCAUGGCCUCUCCCACCCCCUACUCUAAAGCCUCUGAAUCUCCAGCCAGAGUGUGCCUCCCAGACAGGGCUGUGGUGGAGCUGGCUGCCGUGGAGCAGCCCCCCCAGCAGCCUUUUUCUGUCCCAGUCACGGCAGCCCUCACGCAGGCCCCGGCCCCGACCACUGCCCCCUCCAAUCCCUCCCAUUUCAUGAAGGGGGCCAUCAUCCAGCUGGCCACGGGGGAGCUGAAGCGUGUGGAGGACCUGCAGACUCAGGACUUUGUGCGGAGUGCUGAGGUGAGCGGGGGGCUGAAGAUCGACUCCAGCAUGGUGGUGGACAUCAGGACCAGCCAGCAGAGACCCGGCCUGGUGGUGCUGCACUUCACAGUGGGCGAGCAGCAGAGCAAGGUGACCAUCGACGUGCCCCCGGAGCACCCCUUCUUUGUGUUUGGCCAGGGCUGGUCCUCCUGCAGCCCAGAGCGCACGGCCCAGCUUUAUGGCCUGGCCUGCCACCACCUGCAGGUAGGAGACGUGUGUGUGUCCAUCACUCUGCAGCAGCCGCCCGAGCAACAGAAACAGCAACAGCAACAGCAACAACAACAACAACAACAGCAGCAGCAGAACCAAGCCAGGACUUCCACCAAAGCCAACUCCACAUCAGGGGCCAUCGGCCAGUCCAUGGGGCCCCCUGCCCCCCAGCAGCCCAGGCCACAGCCUCACUUCAGGAUGGAACGCGUCCACAGAGAGAGGGAGAGGGGGGAUAAAGAGGAGCCCAUGCAACUAGGGGGUGUUGGGCAGAGUGAGAUGCCUACCAGACCAAAUAGGACUUCAGCAGAGCAAACUAGGAGCCAGAGCAGUUACUAUUUGCACACGGAGGGUUCUGCUCGCCCAGGGGCGGGGGUGGGAGUGGUGUCGACAGUGUUGAGCGCGUCUCAGAGGCGCUGGUCCGCCCCCGGCCUUCAGAGAUGCAUGAAGGUGGAGGAAGGGGUGCACCCUCAGUUGGGCUCCUCUCGACCCACCUUCAUCCCACAGGAGGUCAAACUGUCCAUUGAGGGGCGCUCUAACGCUGGGAAGUAGCACCAACCACAGCAGUCCACACCACAGAAGAGACUGUCAGAGGAGCGAAAGCAGCAGAGAGGGAGAAAGGGGAUAAAUAGUGGAAAUGUAGCCUCAGAAUGUUUAAUAUUUUGCACACCUAAUAAGAUUACAAGCUCUUUGUUUUCAGAGGAACUACCUGGUCUGGUGUCUGGUCAGGUCUACUCUAUUUGGUAGUCAGUCGGUCAGGACAGCUCCUGGUCCAGUGAUCAGGAGAUUGGGUCUCUGCUCUGCCAGGCUGACAGGGAGCGGAUGCAGAAGCAGGGAGUGUAUGUAGCUGGUGAAUUGCCUACCAAAGUCCUCAGACUGCAUCUUCCUUCAUCCCUACCAACCCCUCAGAACCAUCCUUAUCAGAGGUGAACCAACCCUCAGAACCAUCCUUAUCACAGGUGAUCGCAUUCACUGGACGUUCUCUCUUCUUUGACCAAACCAUCUCUGGAAACCCAAGACUGGGGAGAAUAUGUAGCCCAUGUCUGGUAAACAGACACCGGGUCUGACAGUGACAAGAACAUAGCUAUCCUAUUAUGCUCUGUCUCCCCCACAUUUCUAUUUUGGUCUGUUACCUUCAAAAGCGUUCUCCAAAAAGACUAAAGGUGCACUUGCGGAGCUGAAUUGCUGGCAUCGGCACAUAGAUGCUUUUCCCUCCAAUGAUGUUGGUUCUCUUGAUGCAGACUCUUGACGUGUCAUCGUCACUUAGUGUGCUUCUCUAGUAGGAGCAGAGGACUUCUACCAAAGCACAGACACUCUCCCUCGUCUCCCUGCCUCUCCUCGUAGGGCCCAGUCUGCUGAGAGAGGGUCUGAGAGGAGGGUAGGCAGCCUUAGAGGUCUUUCAAUCAGCUCCUUCAAUCAACUAAUCAGAACCUAGGAGACCGCUCACUCCUUUCGUAAUGCACAAACCACACUUCCCCGUUUUUCAUUUUACACCCCAACCCCACUUUGUGCCACGGUUACAUGUCAGUUUUCCCUUCGAAAGAAACCAAAAGAGAUCAUGCAUUCCAGUAUCCUAGUGAUUAUCAUAGUGACCACAACACUCAUCUUCCUGAAUGCAGCCCUCCCUGCCUGCUACACUUCUCAGCAUUCCUCUGAAUGGUGACUGUUUACUGUCAUUGUAUUAGUAGACACCACUACUGGAGGCACGGGCUGGUCUCCACCAAUGUCACCUGUGGGAUUGAUGCCUGCAUGGAGCAGUACUGGCUGAGAGAGUGAAACCUCUCCAUAGAGUCAUGUUGGCUCUCUCAGUACAGCAGCCCCUGGGCCUAUGAGGGGGAAUCCUGUGUGUGUUGGAGGGGAUUGAGUUGGCCCUGCUUCAUACAUUUUUCACACUAUUGUCCCAACACAAACUGAGGGGGGGGAUCUUUUGGCUUGCUUUCCAGUGAAUAUAAUUGGUUUAAGGUAACCCUGCCAUUUUCCAGCCUGUUUUACGUUGUUCAUGGCUAGCUAAACUAUGUGCCUCUGCUCGUUUAAAAGCAGGAUGGCACUACAUAUGUUAUCUGGCCAGGUCAGCUUACACGACUGUGUGAAAUGGGUAUAUGAGACCAGUCAAUCCUUGCUCAGUUACCAAAAUGAAAGCAAUAGUGUAUUUUCUGUUUAUUUGGGGUUUUCUGUAUAUUUUGUUAUUGUUUUUAUAUAAAUAUACAGCUUGUGUAUCAGACCUAAUACUAUCUUUAACCCUGACCUGAAACGUUCCUGCUUUUCAAAGGUGAUGCACAAUUUGGCUCUGAAAUGUUUUGAUCUUUGUUAUUACAGAUUCACAAUCAAAGCAUGCCUUUUUAAAUGAUUUUUAUUUCAAAAACCAGGCAUUUAUUCUGAAGAGAAUAGUCUCCUUUUUGAUGGACUGGAGGUUCGGGCUCUGAUCCUCACUGAUAGUAUUCGUUCUGGUUUUAUAUGGUUACCCUAUAUAGUUACUCUAUAUGGUUUUAUUCAAGUGCAUCUCCAAGAGAGGCUUGACUCCAAAUCAGUGGUGAGCAUCUUAACUCUCCUCUGUUUUGUCCUCUCCAUUGUCUUUUAAUCUACUUGUGUACAUGUCGAAUUGUUUUAUUCUGUCCAUGGCAAUAUUAUUUCCAGUGGACCUUAAGAUUGUCUUGUAUUGCACAUAGAAAACUUCACCUGUUGAUUCACACUGACCUUGUAAUGGGAAUCACAAAUAGUUUCUUAUUUUUAUUUUUUAUGAAGGGAAAAUGUUUUUGUAGCUAUUACAUUUUUUUGAAGUGUUCUUAAGGUAGUUUUGGCAAUAGAGAAACUGACUUGCAUGGUUGACACUGUUUACAAAUUAGCCAAGAAAAAAUGCUGCAGUUUACUUUUUCGGACACAGAUUUUAGUCACAGAAACUUCAAGUGGAUGAUAUCAAGAUGAAGUGCAAUUAGAGCAGAUGCAACAAUCACACAGACAUUUAGUUUGAUAAGUCAUUCCAUAAAGCAGACAGACAUUUAGUUUGAUAUGUCAUUCCAUAAAGCAGACAGACAUUUAGUUUGAUAUGUCAUUCCAUGAAGCAGACAGAUAUUUAGUUUGAUAUGUCAUUCCAUAAAGCAGACAGAUAUUUAGUUUGAUAAGUCAUUCCAUAAAGCAGACAGACAUUUAGUUUGAUAUGUCAUUCCAUAAAGCAGACAGACAUUUAGUUUGAUAAGUCAUUCCAUAAAGCAGACAGACAUUUAGUUUGAUAAGUCAUUCCAUAAAGCAGACAGACAUUUAGUUUGAUAUGUCAUUCCAUAAAGCAGACAGACAUUUAGUUUGAUAUGUCAUUCCAUGAAGCAGACAGAUAUUUAGUUUGAUAUGUCAUUCCAUAAAGCAGACAGAUAUUUAGUUUGAUAAGUCAUUCCAUAAAGCAGACAGAUAUUUAGUUUGAUAAGUCAUUCCAUAAAGCAGACAGACAUUUAGUUUGAUAUGUCAUUCCAUGAAGCAGACAGAUAUUUAGUUUGAUAUGUCAUUCCAUAAAGCAGACAGCCAUUUAGUUUGAUAAGUCAUUCCAUAAAGCAGACAGCCAUUUAGUUUGAUAAGUCAUUCCAUAAAGCAGACAGACAUUUAGUUUGAUAAGUCAUUCCAUAAAGCAGACAGACAUUUAGUUUGAUAUGUCAUUCCAUGAAGCAGACAGAUAUUUAGUUUGAUAUGUCAUUCCAUAAAGCAGACAGCCAUUUAGUUUGAUAAGUCAUUCCAUAAAGCAGACAGACAUUUAGUUUGAUAAGUCAUUCCAUAAAGCAAACAGACAUUUAGUUUGACAAGUCAUUCCAUAAAGCAAACAGACAUUUAGUUUGAUAAGUCAUUCCAUAAAGCAGACAGACAUUUAGUUUGAUAAGUCAUUCCAUAAAGCAGACAGUCAUUUAGUUUGAUAAGUCAUUCCAUAAAGCAGACAGUCAUUUAGUUUGAUAAGUCAUUCCAUAAAGCAGACAGACAUUUAGUUUGAUAAGUCAUUCCAUAAAGCAGACAGACAUUUAGUUUGAUAAGUCAUUCCAUAAAGCAGACAGACAUUUAGUUUGAUAUGUCAUUCCAUAAAGCAGACAGACAUUUAGUUUGAUAUGUCAUUCCAUGAAGCAGACAGAUAUUUAGUUUGAUAUGUCAUUCCAUAAAGCAGACAGCCAUUUAGUUUGAUAAGUCAUUCCAUAAAGCAGACAGACAUUUAGUUUGUUAAGUCAUUCCAUAAAGCAAACAGACAUUUAGUUUGACAAGUCAUUCCAUAAAGCAAACAGACAUUUAGUUUGAUAAGUCAUUCCAUAAAGCAAACAGACAUUUAGUUUGAUAAGUCAUUCCAU